AUGUUAGCAUCUUACCAGCUCUGUUUUUUGGUGUUCUUAGCUGCCCAACUUCGCGAAAGCUCAUCUCAUAGCACAGGCGAAGAACACUUUCUCGACCGAUUCAGCAGUGAUACCAGAUGUGGUUGGGACUGUAUAAUUACCGAGUCUGACUUCAGCAAAGGAUGUGAUCCCGUUUUUACCAAAAAGAGACUGGUCAAAUUUAAUGUAAUCUACGAUCUGUUUGUCAACUCCAAGUGCCUCAACCAAACAUCUUACAAACCGUAUGGAACUUUCACUGAUAACUAUACUGUAUGGAUACCGGCAAAUAAUACGCUUAAUAGCUUUUCUCUGGGAAUUAUAGGCAUUUGGAAUUUUCUACUUAAUUGCUUUGAGGAAGGAGAAAUCAGAGGAUUUUGCAACUUAGGGCCCGAAAGACCAACGAUUCUGGCAAGCCCGACAGACCUCCGAACUGAAGCAGCAACCACCAUCGAUGAGAAGGGUUAUGAACUCGUCACCCAAACUCCGUGGCGAAAAGUAGGCAUACACUUGUUGAUUUUACUCAGUUGGGUUUGCUCGUAUUAUAUCCCAGCUUUACUUUGUCUUUUCUCUCCUACACUUGUCAUGGAAAGUGGCAUUCGACAUAUUGUCCUAGAAGGAGCAAGUCCGGUGAGUAUUCGAGCUCUGAUAGGAAACAAUGUAUUCUUCAAGGAUUGCUCAACCGUCGCAUAUACUUGGUAUCAAAAGGGAGAAAUGUUUAUCGUCCGCCUCCUGUUCAUGGCAUUUUUAAUCCUUCUUAUCGCACCUGGAAUUACUGCUUUUAACAUAACUCCUGGUUUUAUCGACAUUCCCAACUUUUCCCAUCCGUUUAUGAGCGUUUGUGUGACCCUCUACCUUAUCAAAUGGGUUGAUUGUUUAUUCUUUUACCCUGCAGGUGUGUCGCCAGAAGUUAGGAAUUGUAUAUAUUGUAUGGCCUGUCAUGAGUUUAAAUCUAACCCUGGUGGUGCUUGUUUGUGUGUUGAUCUUCCUCAGCUAAUCCUAAACCAUAUUAAAAUCCAACCGCUGAUUUUGGCUGAAUUUUGGAGUUUGUUCUCUGUAGGCCUUCAAAUUUAUUUUCAAAGAAUUUUCCUUUUAUGGAAAGGUUGUGCGCGAUGGAUUAUUCGUGUUUGUUUGGUUUUAGUUCUUUUGCCCACUUUUCCAUUUGCCUUAAUUUUAUCUCUUCUAGUGUUGCUAGUAAUAUCUUUGGUUAGUUUAGGUCCCACAACUCCCAAUGUUUUGAUUUCCCGGGAAGCCCUUUUAUUGAAGAUGCAUAUCCGGUCUUCUAUGUUUGUUCGUUUACCGGCAGUGUUGAAGAUAUCCGUUGUAUUCACUGCGGAAAUGUGUGUGUUUUGGUUAGCAUUUCUUGGUGGAUAUUGCCUAUUGGUGUCUGCUUCUAUGGGUUUUCUGUUAACUCUCCUAUUAGGCCUUAACAUGUUACUUUUGUUUCCUGAAAAAAGCCUUCCAUUUGUUGCCUGUUUUCUCCUUUUUUGUUACUACUUGUUUAGCAACUACAGCUCAUUCACUGACAGGUACCAUGAUCUCUCCCUAACAAUCUUUAACUGUUACAAGAAACAAACUGAUCAAAUCUCCCAAGAGGAAGUGGACAUAAACACCACAAACAACUGUUCAGAUGACAAGCAUAACGGUGGAGGGGUAAAAAUCCCGAAGGAGCUUUUUGAUAUGGCAUGUGAGGAGCUUAAGCCUGUCAGAGAAUCGCUCAGUUUAUUGGUUUUUAAAGUCGUCUUUAUUGCAAGCUUUCUGUACGUUGCCUUUUACUUGACAAUGCAACUCGAUUUCGGUGUAAAGCCUCUUGCGAAAACUGUGGUAGCAGUUUUGAUUGGUUUGUUUCCCAAGAUCUUAAUUUCCAAGUACUUCGAAGGAGAAAGACAAAAACAAGUGGAAGCCUUGAUCAUCGAAGAGAAAGCUCCUAAAAUUGUUGAAGCGUACUUGAACAGUGUUUUACGAGCUAAUGAAGGGCAGGAAAAUUCUCCUGGUGCUGAUACAGAUGAAGUAAGUUUACAAAUUGUUGAAAGUGAAAAGAACAUCGCAAUACUACACAUAUAA